AUGGCGUCAAUGCCACUGCCCGCACUCAAUCGAGUCCAGUCAUCCACAGGGCCCACCUCACCUCUAGCUCGUGUUCCUACAUCAUCGAUACCAGAGAUGCCCAAUGCACCCCCGCCAGCCAUGCUGGAGCGUCAACGAACCAACAGCACCUCCAGCCGGGCCUCAGAUGAUACCGAAUGCACCUCAUGCUCUGUAUCCUGUGGUGAUGCCGUACGAGAUGAACAGCCACAGCUCGGCCCCGUGGUCUCACGGCUAGUCGCCGGUCCAUCACGCAUCAUUCCCCGCCUGAAGCGGCGCGGCCUCUUCGCCACACUCUCUGUCGUCCCCGAAAUCGAGGACCCGUUCCAGUACUCGCGGCUAACGAAGAAGAUGAUCACCUUGGUGGUAGCGAUCGCUGCUGCAGCCGCGCCCAUGGCCUCAGCAAUCCUGUUCCCGGCGCUGGCCGAGAUCUCGACGGAGCUGAAUGCGAACCAGACCACGACGAACUUGUCGGUGGCGCUGUACAUGCUCGGCAUGGCGAUCUUCCCGCUGUGGUGGUCCAGCUUCGCCGAGCGCGUCGGCUACCGCACUAUCUUCCUCAUCUCGUUCAUGCUGUACAUAGUCUCGAACGUCUGCUGCGCCGUUUCGGUCAACAUCGGCAUGUUCAUUGCGUUCCGCGUGGCGUCGGGGGCGAGUGCCGCCAGUGCUCAGACCAUCGGCGCCGGGGUCAUCAGUAGUGUCUGGGAGGUGCGGGAGCGCGGGAGAGCUAUGGGGUACUUUUAUCUGGGACCGCUGAUGGGACCGCUACUAUCGCCGAUUAUUGGUGGCGCCCUGACGCAGAAAUUUGGGUGGAGGAGUACCAUGUGGUUUCUUACCGCGUUUGGUGCGGUGGUCGCCGUCGGGAUUAUCUUCUUUCUGCCCGAGACGCUGAGAGAGCCGAAGAAUAACCGCCCGCUGCUCUCGGAGAAGCAGAUGCUUGAGAAGGGCGAUUUGGAGGCGUCCGGUGCGAAUGAGGGUGUGAGGGGCCUCCAGAGAACCCUCAGUAAGGUCUCCACGAAGACCAGGCGUAAGGUGUCGCAGUCCGUCGUCACAAUUAAGGUCCUCUUUGUCGAUCCCCUACGCAGUCUCUUGUAUCUGCGAUUCCCGCCAGUAUUGAUCACCGUCUACUGGGCAUCACUCGCCUUUGGCGCUCUUUACAUGCUCAACGUCUCGGUGCAAAAAAACUUCGCGAAGGAGCCGUACAAUUUCCAAACCAUAAUCAUCGGGCUGCUCUACAUCCCAAACUCGAUCGGCUACGUUCUCGCGUCCGUUCUCGGCGGCUCCUGGAACGACCUAAUCAUGCGUCGUGCGGCGCUCAACCGACGGGCGUCAUCGGACACGCCCGAUUCCGACGAGCCACUGGAGUACCUCCCAGAGGACCGCAUGGGAAUCAAUGCGUACAUUGCGGGAAUCGUCUUCCCCCUCGCCCUGCUGUGGUACGGAUGGACAGUCCAGAACGGCGUGUUCUGGUUCGUCCCAAUGAUGGCGACGUUUACGUUCGGAUUCGCGAGCAUGCUCGUGUUCAGUGUUGCCACCACCAUGCUCACCGAGUUUGUCCCCGGAAGGUCCGCGUCCGCCGUCGCGGUUAAUAAUUGCAAGCCUUCCCCCCCUCACCCCCCCUUAUUCGUCCGCAACAUCUGCGCGUGCAUCGGCGGAAUAAUCGCGGAGCCAGUGAUCCAAGCAAUCGGCAACGGCUGGCUAUUCACGAUUCUCUGUUUCGUCGGAAUCCUGAGUUGCAGCGUGGUAUGGGUGAUGCAAAAGUACGGGCCCCGGUGGCGGGAGCAGGCGCAGCACGGGGAGUACAAAUUCUUGUAA